AUGCCAAGAUUAGUUGGACAGUUUGUUAAAAACUGUAAAAUUUUUGAUAAAAAUGAAAACUUAGUUAAUGAAUUAGAUAAUUGCGUGGUUAUUUUUUUAUCUUUAAGUAAAUUUAGUGAAAAUAUUGAUUCAAGUAUAAAAUUGAUAGAAGAUAAUUUUAAUUUUAAUAUUAACAUUAUGUUAUGUAGUCAAAUUACUUUAUAUGCUAAAAUUAAAAGUAAUAAACCAAGUUUUCAUGAUGCAGAAGAUGUAGAUAUUUCAAGAGAAAAUUUUAAAGUUAUUUUUGAUAGACUUAAAUUAACAAUCCUAAUAGAAUUGUUAAAAGAAGUAGAUUUAGAGAAUAUCAAGAAAUAA